GAAGCCAGGGAGGCCCCGAGAGAAGGUGGAGGUGGCGGCGGAGGCGGCGGGAGCGUCCCCCGGGCCCAAGAAGAAGAAGAAGAAGACAAAGAAGUGGCGAUGAGCGCGGGGGAAUACUCCAGGCGCGUGCACCAAUGGCUCUGGGACUCGUACUGCGGUUACCUCAGCUGGCAGGGCGGCCUGGCGGCGCUCAUGGCCGGAGCGGCGAACGCGGUCGCGGCUCCGGCCCCGCCCCCCGGCGCCUAUUACCACAGCGCCAACUUCAACCCCUGCUACUACCUCCUGGCUGCCUCCGUUGCCCCCGAGGCCGGCUCGGCUCCGGCCCGCCCGACCCCGGCUUGGCCCCCGCCCGCAGUUCGACAUGGGCCCCCGGCCCUGCGCCCGGCUCCUCCCGCCGUCGCUGCCCCAGCUGGCGGUUCCCAAAGGGAGCCUGGCCGGCCCGCAGGUCGUGAAUACGUAAUCCCGUCUUUGGCUCAUCGAUUUAUAGCAGAGAUGGUGGAUUUCUUUAUUCUUUUCUUUAUCAAGGCAUCAAUAGUUUUGAGUAUUAUGCACUUAAGUGGAAUAAAGGAUAUCUCAAAGUUUGCUAUGCACUACAUUAUAGAAGAAAUAGAUGAUGAAACUUCCAUGGAAGACUUGCAAAAGAUGAUGAUAGUGGCCCUUAUCUACAGAUUGCUGGUCUGCAUCUAUGAG